AUGAAUGGUUUAAUAAGAAGAAGUUUGAUUUCAAGAGCAGGAAUUCCAGGAUUUGGGGUUGGAAGAGUUGGCAUAGGACUUGGAAUUAGAAGGAUCCAUGAUCAGCCCAAGUUUCAAACCCAAGAAGUAUCUAAAAGAGUAGUUAUUGGGAAUGCAAUACUUCGUAGGAUACCCAAGUUCCUACAACCAUUUAGUCGUCGAUUUUUGGAUGCCCCAGUGACCCAUGUAACGUCGUUUAUAAUAUUGCACGAGUUAACUGCGAUUAUUCCAUUAAUUGGAAUAUGGUGGGUAUUUCAUAAUUAUCACGAUAUGAUCCCCAAUUGGGAUUUCACUAGUUAUGGGAUAGAUCAAGUAACUAGGAUAAUUGAUAAAUCGUUAAAGAGUUGGGAUUUCCAAGAUUAUUCAAUUAAUGAAAAGGCCAAUUUUAUAAUGGAAGGAGCAUACUCAUAUAUAAUAGUUAAGACCUUAGCGCCAAUAAGAAUAAUGAUUAGUUUAAGUAUGAUGCCAUUUUUCUCCAAAUGGGUAAUUGAGCCAAUUAAGAGAAGAUUUGGAAAAAAGAAGAAGGAACCAGAGAAUAAAUUAGGAGAAUCUACAGUUAAACAAAUCAAUAAACCAAGAUUAUAG